CUCACCAACAUCUGGAUGGCCAGAGCAUGUGCAAAGCAGGACAUCAAGGCCCCAGCACCAGGUACCACCUCCUCCUGGGAAGUGGUGAAGAACCCAUUCAUUGCCAGCUCACUCUCCCUGGUUAAGCUGGUGCUCCGGCGACAACUGAAGGAGAAAUGCUGUUCAGUACCGGGCAACACUGGAGAAGCAAAACCCUCAAAGAGAUUAAAGCCCGAGGACGAUUCGGCAGGCAAAGCCACUCGGCGGGGCGGGAUGAGAAACUCCAUCAGUUCCAGGAGCAAGCAGCCCCUGGGGCAGCAGCCGGGCUCACCCAGGCGCAGGAGGCCUGCGGGGAGUGCCAACGAGAGUAAAGAAAGUUCAAAGGAGAAAAAAGGAACAGUCAGCCAAGAUCUUGAGCACAGAUAUGCUGAACAUGUGGCUGCCACCCAAGCACUAAGCAGGGACAUCGGAACAGCGGCCUGGAAGGGCCAGGCGCUGCUUCCUGAGGCCAGAAAGGGACAGCAGUUUCCCGACAUGCUAACCAUCCACGGCCUCCCCACAGAGGGCUACCGGGCCCUGUACCACGCCGUGGUGGAGCCGAUGCUGUGGAAUCCUUCAGGGACCCCCAAGAGGUACAGCUUGGAGCUGGGCAAGGCCAUCAAACAGAAGCUCUGGGAGGCUCUGUGCAGCCAGGCUGCCGUGCCCGACGGUGCUCAGGACCCGGCGCCAGGCAGGAUGCGGCUGGAGGGCGACCAGGAGCCUGUGCCCAAGUUGAAGAGGGAGAACUAG